AUGGCUUCACAGAAGGACCCAGACAAGAGCUGGGAGGAGAAGCAGCACCCAGAAAUAAAGUUGGAGAAGCCAAUGUGCAGUCCCAAGGCAGGGGAGGAGAGGAAGCAGGAGAAAAAACAUUACAAGAUGGAGGAUGAUGAUGCUGAGGAGAAUAAUGACUAUGUGGAGGAUGAGUAUGAAGAGGAGGAUAAUGAUGAGGAUGAAGGUGACCAGGAUGAGAAAGAGGAAUGUAUGGAGAAGGAUGAAGCCAGAGCAGAUCCCUUAGUGCCACCCAAGCAGCUGAAUCAGUGCUCUGAGUGUGGGCAGAGCUUCCCACCUGACUCGGGGCUGGUGAAACACCACUGCCCCCACCCUGGCACCCGGCCCUUUGUCUGUGGUGACUGUGGGAAGAGGUUCAGCUGGAAUUCACAACUCAUGCGGCACUGCCUUACCCACACUGGAGAGAAACCGUUCACCUGUGCUGAGUGCGGACAGCGCUUCACGCAGAGCUCAGACCUCACCAUCCACCGCCGCACCCACACUGGUGAGAGACCAUACAGCUGUGCAGAGUGUGGCAAGAGUUUCACUUGGAGAUCUUCCCUCAAGCAGCACCGCAGUGUGCACAACACUGAGAAAUGCUUCACCUGCAGGGACUGCGGCAAGAGAUUCAAACGCAGCGACAGCCUCACUAUCCACCGCCGCAUCCACACCAGAGAGAAGCUGUUCCCCUGUGCUGAGUGCAGCAUCAGCUUCACCACAAGCAGUUUAUUCCUCCAGCACCAACUCAUCCACAGCGGUGACAAACCGUACAGCUGUGCUGAAUGCGGCAAGAGAUUCAGAUGCAGUUCCGACCUCACCAAGCACCGCAGUGUGCACAGCACUGAGACGGUUUUCAUCUGCACGGACUGUGGCAAGAGUUUCAAGCACAUCUCCAGUCUCACCAUCCAUCGCCGUAUCCACACUGGCGAGAAGCUCUUCCCCUGCGCUGAGUGUGGCAAGAACUUCACCACAAGCAGUUUAUUCCUCCAGCACCAACUCAUCCACAGCGGUGACAAACCGUACAGCUGUGCCGACUGCGGCAAGACCUUCACCCAGGGCUCUAAACUGACCCAGCACCGUCGUGUGCACACUGGAGAGAAACCUUUCACCUGUGCUGACUGCGGUAAGAGCUUCACCCGUAGGAGCGGGUUAAAGUACCACUGCCGCAGCCACACUGGUAAGAAGUCUUUCAUCUGCCCUGACUGAACCAAGAGCAUCUGC